AUGGCGUCGGUGCGCCUGCCGCGGAUGUGCUGCCCUGUCAGGGAUGUUGGCACAGACCUGGUGUUCGGGUUUAGCCCCGGUGUUUACCAUGCAGUGUGCGCCUGCAGUGCUGUUCUGGGCUUGUGGGGCACGGGGCUCUGCUAUUACCACAGCUACAGCAGGAAGAAGAGACAGGCUGUGAGGAUGGGGGGAAAUGUCAGUCUGUCCAGCUUCCUGGUGACUGCAGGUAUUCUCUUAAACUCUGUGCUGUGGCUGUCCAUACCAGAUUUCUUGUCUGACCAGACAGCCUUAGGAGCUCACAUUCUAUGCGUUGGAAUUGCAACCUGGAUUCAUUACUUCUGUUCUGCGCUGUUUUGGGCAUUCUUCUGUUUUUCCCUGGAGGUAGUUCAGCUGCUCACUCCAACCCCUUCUAAAAGGCUAUCUGGACUGUAUACAUCCUUGUGCUGGGGGGUCUCCAGCCUUGUAGGCCUCCAUGGAUUGCUCAUGCUUGUGAUUCCUAGCACGCCUGAUGACAGGUGUGAAACUUCCGAAGGCCUGGUGCUGUUCCAUGAUGCUCUGGUGUAUAUCCCUCUCAUUCUUGCCCUGUUUGGAAGUCCGGUGCUACUAAGAAAAGCCAUGUCUACAGUGCCAAUGGUUCUCCGGAUGCAGUGUGGGGUUUAUACAUCUACUGAGAGGUUCAGAAAACAUAGUUUGCGUAAAAGGCUCCUACAGAUCAAUGGAGCCUUUAUAGCCUGCUGGCUCGUGAAUGUUUUGUGCGACUUUCUGUUGUUUCUUUUGGAGGUGUUGGGAGGCUCGGAACCUCCUCGGAAGUUACAGGUGGCAGCGCAGACUGCCUGGUUCAUUACGGGGAUUUUGAACCCCAUGUUUUGUGCCCUGCAUUCCCUUGCAUACUUUGGUUGGAGGUGCAACCGUGGUGUCUGCCAGAGCAGUCUGUUAACAGAAAGCCAUCCUGGUGUAGAAGGGGAGAGUAAUAGUGCGCUGGAGGAGGAACAUCAGCUGCUGGGGAUGAAGCCUCCACAGAUCACAGGAAAGCUGUCUUUUCCGAACAUCCUUCAAUUUAUGGACUCUUGGUCCUCUGUGGAAUUCAGCUGUUCUGCCCUGGAAAUAAAUGCAGUCCGACUCCUGGGGGCACGUGACUCGGGUUCUUCCACAUACGUAGGUUCCUCGCUUCAACCACAGCACUCUGUAUAAACAAAACAAUAAAAAAAGAAAUGGUUUAAAAUCCCAUUAAAAUUGCAGUAAGAUCA